AUCGAUCGUGAUUAGAGCUGACGUGGCCGUCGGCGGCAUGAGCGCGGAGCUGGGCGCACCGGCCCUGGUGCAGGCGCUGCGGGCGCACGCCGGGGAGGUGUCGUGCUGCGCGGCGCACGGCGCGCGGCUGGCCACGGGCGGCGGCUCGGCGCUGCGGCUGUGGCGGUGGCAGGCGGGCGCGGGCUGGGCGCUGGCGGGGGAAGCGCGCGCCGCGCACCGCUUCGGCGUGACGUGCGCGCGCUGGGCGCCGAGCGGCGCGCUGCUGGCGUCGUGCGGCGUGGACGGCGCGCUGCGCGUGUGGUGCGGGCGGCGGCUGGCGGCGCGGCGGCUGCUGGUGGCGGGCGGCGCGGCGGCGGCGCGCGCGCUGUGCUGGGCGGGCGGGCGGCUGCUGGCGGGGCACGACGACGGCAGCGUGCGCGUGUGGGCGGUGGGGCCGGCGCGGCUGCUGGCGCGCCUGCAGCCGCUGGAGGGCGCGGUGCACGCGCUCUGCGCGCCGGCUCGCUACGCGCUGCUGCUCGUCGCCUGCACCGAGGGCGUGCUCAGGGUCUUCGACCUCGAUGAAGUUAGCCGCGGUGGUACGGAGCAGGGCGCGGGUCCGGCGCCGCUGCUGGUGGAGUGCGGCGCGCACGACCUGGGCGCGCUCAGCGCGGCGCACAGCGAGGACGGCGCCAUCGCCGCCACCGGCGGUCACGACGCCGCCGUGCGGCUCUGGUGGGUGCAGGGCCGAGGCCGAGAACGGCGCGUGGUGGCCGGCGCGCGUCUAGAAGGGCACACUGCGGCCGUGACGGCGCUGGCGUUCGCGCGCGGCGUCCUGGCGUCCGCCUCGCUGGACCGCACAGCGCGCCUGUGGGCGCCCGCCGUGCCCGCCUGUCUGCACGUUCUGCAUGCGCACCCGCGCUACCUCACCUGCCUCGCACUCGCGCACGACCUCUCCUACCUCGUCACCGGUUCUAACGACAAGUCGGUCCGCAUGUGGGGGCUGCGCGGGCUGUCGCUGGAGGAGGAGCUGGUGCCGCCGUGCGACGGGCUCGCGCACUUCGCACUGGGCGACUUGCAGGGUAUCAGUCCGUUGGACGACGACGAGCUGGUGGAGCUGGACGGAGUGCAGGAGGAGGGGGAGGGCGGCGAGCGCGCGGGGGGCGCGCGGCUGUCGUGGCGCGGGCGCGUGCACGCCGGCGCCGUUAACUGCGUCGUCGCGCAAGGAGAUCUGCUCGCCACAGCUUCUAGUGACGGUCUGGUGAAAGUACUGCGCUGCGCGGGCGGCGCGCUGGAGGAGCUGCACGUGCUGGACGCGCACCAGUACCCGGCGCAGACCGCUGCGUGGGGGCAGGGCGUGUUGCUCAGCGGCGGGCUGGAUGGACAGGCCGUGCUCUGGGACACACAGGCAGGAUGCAGGCUGCGCACGCUGUCGCUGGGCGCGAGCGUGGGCGGUGGGGACGCGGGCGGCGGGGGGGUGCGCGGGGCCGCCGUGUCGCCGCACCGGCCGCCGCUGCUGCUGCUGGCCACGGACGACGGCCUCGCGCCCGUGUGGGGCCUCCACGACGACCCAAAACCAAUACAUGUAUACCUGGUGGGAGAGGCGGCGGGCGCGGCGUGGUGCGUGAGCUGGGCGCCGGGCGGCGCGGCGGCGGCGCUCGGCGGCGCCGGCGGCGAGUUGCGCGUGCUGGCGCCGCCGCCGCCGUAUGACCAGCCGCGGCAGCUUGCGCUAGUGCCCGACGCACACGACCUAGGUGUAACGAGUUGCGAGUUUGCGCCGUCUGCGUCGGCGGCGGGGCUCGACGCGGAGGCGGCGGGCGUGCUGCGACUUGUGCUAGCCACCGCCGGUGGCGACUCGCUUAUUAAACUCUGGAUCGUUGAUCUCGAUGUGGAAACUGAAGGCGAUUCAGCGCGCCUCCAGCUCGCGCGCCUGGUUGGCGCGCACGGCAGCGCGGCGGCGCGCGCGUGCUGGGGCGGCGGGUCGCUGCUCGCCAGCACCGGCGCGGACGACUGGGCGCGAGUGUGGGCGCCGGACGGCGCGGGCCUGGUCGCCGUGCCCGCGGCGACGGCCGGCGCCGUCGACACCGCGCUGGCGGCGGCGUUGGUCAGGGAGGACGAUGCGUUAUACAUCGCGUUCGGCACGUUGCAGGCAUACAUUUUAUUUAACUAA